AUGAAGCUAACUAUUUGCUUUCUAUUGUAUUGUGUUUUGUACGCAGGGGCUACUACCAAGAGCUGUGGUACCGUGGACGCAGCCCUGGACACUCCAUCUUCGGAACGGAUCUUGGCACAAGGACUGGAGAUGGUGCUGGCUAAGCUCGCGCAGAUGGAUCGCAAGUUGGUGCAACUCCACUUUGAUACUACCACAACAACACCGAAACCUCAGGUUCCUUCCUAUUCAUCCUGCAGGAACGUUCCUUCAAAUGUAUCGGGAGUGUAUCUUAUCAAUCCAAACAAAGAUAGUGCGUCGUUCAACGUUUACUGUGAACAGGAGAAAUUCGAAGGCGGCUGGAUUGUAAUGCAGCAUCGGUUUGAUGGCUCGGUUGAUUUCUAUCGUAAUUGGACGCAAUACCGCGAGGGCUUCGGUGAGUUAGACAGCGAAUUUUGGCUCGGACUAGAGCGAAUUCAUCAACUCACGACAGCCCGUACUCACGAACUAAUUGUUGAGGUGAGGGACUUUCGCGACAAUUACGGGUACGCCCGCUACAGUUCAUUCCACGUGGACAGUGAAAGUGAGAAUUACAAGCUUAAAGUCCUGGGAUCGUAUAGUGGUACUGCAGGAAAUUCGAUGAAUUACCUGGUGGGGCGCAUGUUCUCAACACUGGAUCGGGAUAAUGAUGGGAAUUCCGACAUUAAUCAUGCUGUUACUAAUCAUGGGGCCUGGUGGUAUCCCCAUGGUAACUGGUCGAAUUUGAAUGGACCGUACAAGAAUACUACCGAUUGUAAGGGAAAUUGGUGGCAUAGUUUGAAAAACGACUGUCGAGGAUUGCGCUUCGCCAGGAUGAUGAUCCGAGAAUUGAAAAGAUAA